AUGGGUGCAUUUGAUGAUUCCAAGCCUGCACUGGCUAUGCUUGUAUUGCAGUUCUCCUAUGCAUUUGUUUCUCUCAUCACAAGAGCUGCUCUUGUACAAGGAAUGAGUCCUAGGGUCUUUGUUGUCUACAGACAAGCUAUAGCAACUUUGGUCAUUGCACCUAUAGCUUAUUUCUCAAGAAAAUCAGGUGGGACAUCUAUGGGACUAAGGAGCUUUUCUUUAGUGUUUUCAGCCUCACUUAUAGGUGUAACAAUCAAUCAGAAUGUCUAUGCUGAGGGACUAUACUUAGCCUCAUCGUCAAUGGCAAGUGCUAUGGGUAAUCUCGUUCCUGCAAUCACAUUUGUCAUGGCAUUUUCUAUCGGAUUGGAGAAGAUUAACAUUCGAAGCUUCAGAAGUAUUGCGAAAAUAGUAGGAACAGUAAUAUGUGUCGGUGGAGCGAUAUCAAUGGCAUUGCUCAGGGGACCAAAGCUACUUAACACAACCAUUUUUGGGUCGGGAGGAGAGGAUUGGUUGCUGGGUUGUCUGUUUAUCUUUGCGAGCACUUGUUGCUGGUCAAUUUGGCUGAUUUUGCAGGUUCCGGUUACAGCUAGCUAUCCUGACCACCUAUCCUUGUCAGCGUGGAUGUGUUUCAUGGGAACACUACAGUCAGGAAUUCUGACAUUAUUCUUAGAGAAAGACUUGGAUGCAUGGAAACUGCAUUCAUACUUGGAACUUGUUGGUUGUUUGUUCACAGGAAUUAUAGGAUCCGGGUUUGCUUUCUAUGUUCAGGCCUGGGUAAUUUCUCAAAAAGGUCCCCUCUUUUCUGCGAUGUUCAAUCCUCUAUGCACUGUUAUUGUCACCAUAUUGGCUGCUAUUUUCCUCCAAGAAGAGAUUUACACUGGAGGCUUGGUAGGAGGAGUUGCUGUGAUUAUUGGUUUAUAUAUUGUGCUAUGGGGAAAAGCCAAAGAUCAGUUUAUAAAGGAGGAAGACGAAAUCAAUCCGAAGCUGGAAAUUGAUCAAAAGCAGACAAUUAAAAUCACGAUUGCGGAGUCUAGAGGAGGCAAACUUGAUUUGGAAGAACCUCUUUUGUCUGAUAAAUCUAAUGACAUUGAAGAGAACCAUAAUUUCCAUCAAAAAUAG